CGCCGGGAGAGCUGCAUCUAUUGGCAGCUUUGUGAUUGAUCAGAAAGUGCUCGCCGCCAAUUUGGUUUCGAGGCUGGCUUCGUGCGACCCUUGAGUUUUCGCCUCUGUCCUGUCCCCCAAACUGACAGGUGCUCCCAGCAAGUUGCUGGUGACUUCUCGCCGCUCCCCCAGCUCCCCCGCGUCCCCACCCCCUCUUUCCUCCCGUGCCUUCACCCCCACCCCCACCACUUCGGCACAGCUCAGGAUUUGUUUAAACCUUGGGAAACUGGUUCAGGUCCAGGUUUUGCUUUGAUCCUUUUCAAAAACUGGAGACACAGAAGAGGGCUCUAGGAAAAAGUUUUGGAUGGGAUUAUGUGGAAACUACCCUGCGAUUCUCUGCUGCCAGAGCAGGCUCGGCGCUUCCACCCCAGUGCAGCCUUCCCCUGGCGGCGGUGAAAGAGACUCGGGAGUCCGGCUUCCAAAGUGCCCGCCGUGAGUGAGCUCUCGCCCCAGUCAGCCAAAUGCUCCUCUUCGGGCUUCUCCUUCUGACAUCUGCCCUGGCCGGCCAGAGACACGGCACUCAGGCUGAGUCCAACCUGAGUAGUAAAUUCCAGUUCUCCAGCAACAAGGAACAGAACGGAGUACAAGAUCCCCAGCAUGAGAGAAUUAUUACUGUGUCUACUAAUGGAAGUAUUCACAGUCCCAAGUUUCCUCAUACUUAUCCGAGAAAUAUGGUCUUGGUAUGGAGAUUAGUAGCAGUAGAGGAAAAUGUAUGGAUACAACUUACAUUUGAUGAAAGAUUUGGGCUUGAAGACCCAGAAGAUGACAUAUGCAAGUAUGAUUUUGUAGAAGUUGAGGACCCCAGUGAUGGAACUAUAUUAGGGCGCUGGUGUGGUUCUGGGACUGUGCCAGGAAAACAGAUUUCUAAAGGAAAUCAAAUCAGGAUAAGAUUUGUAUCUGAUGAAUAUUUUCCUUCUGAACCGGGAUUCUGCAUUCACUACAACAUUGUCGUGCCUCAAUUCACAGAAACUGUGAGCCCUUCAGUGUUACCCCCCUCAGCUUUGCCACUGGACCUGCUUAAUAAUGCUGUCACUGCCUUUAGUACUUUGGAAGAUCUUAUUCGUUAUCUUGAACCAGAUAGAUGGCAGUUGGACUUAGAAGAUCUCUAUAGGCCAACUUGGCAACUUCUUGGCAAGGCUUUUGUUUUUGGAAGAAAAUCCAGAGUGGUGGAUCUGAACCUUCUAAAAGAGGAGGUAAGAUUAUACAGCUGCACACCUCGUAACUUCUCGGUGUCCAUAAGGGAAGAACUAAAGAGAACCGAUACCAUUUUCUGGCCAGGUUGCCUCCUGGUUAAACGCUGUGGUGGAAAUUGUGCCUGUUGUCUCCACAAUUGCAAUGAAUGUCAAUGUGUCCCAAGCAAAGUUACUAAAAAAUAUCAUGAGGUCCUUCAGUUGCGACCAAAGAUUGGUGUCAGGGGAUUGCACAAAUCUCUCACCGACGUGGCCUUGGAGCACCAUGAGGAGUGCGACUGUGUGUGCAGAGGGAACCCCGGAGGAUAACCACGUCACCCCACGCAGCCGCCUCCCAGAGCCGGCCAGCUCAGCGGCUGAUUCCCUUGUAGGACUUGCGCGUUAUCUCCGUCCAUAAUCUCAGUUGUUUGCUUCAGAGACCUUUCAUCCUUCAGGAUUUACAGUAUGUUCUGAAAGAGGAGACACCAAGCGGAAUUAGGAGUUGUGCAACAGCUCUCCUGCGAGGAGGCCCCAGUGACAGGAGGAAAGGUCUCCGGGCGUGGAAAAAAAUAUAUUAAAUGUUGUAGAUCACUAGCUAGUUACAGAGUUGUCAUGUACUUAGCUAGCUGUGUUCAAUAUUUCAGUUGUCUUGAUGGGACUUAGGUUAAUUCAGUACAGGGGGAAAAAAAACAACAAAAAAACAAAACUGCGCACAAGGGAGCACCUAAUUCUGUUGCCUUGCUUAACUCUCAAGCUCCAUGUUUUGGGCCUAAAAUCAGAGAAAUCUGGAUUUUUUCCCCCUUAUAUUCACAUAUAUAAACCAGAGUGUUCUAUGGUCUACAAACUUGGUUUUAAAAAGGAACUAUGAUUCUCUAAAUCAAACGUGUGUCAUGCUGAUAGGAAAGACUGGAUUUUCCGUAUUUCUUAUUCAAAUUUCUACCAUUUAGAAGAAGAGAACUACAUUCAUGGUUUGGAAGAGACAAACCUGAAAAGAAGAGUGGCCUUAUCUCCAGUUUAUCUAUAAGUGGGUUUACUGUAUUGUGUACAUUUUUAUAUUCUCCUUUUGCCAUUAUAACUGUUUGCUUUUCUAAUCUUGUUAAAUAUAUCUAUUUUUACCAAAGGUAUUUAAUAUUCUUUUUUUAUGACAACCUAGAUCAACUAUUUUUAGCUUGGUAAAUUUUUUUUCUAAACAGAAUGGUUAUAGCCAGAGGAACAAAGAUGAUAUAAAAUAUUGUUGCUCUGACAAAAAUACAUGUAUUUCAUUCUUGUAUGGUGCUAGAGCUUAGAGUAAUGUGCAUUUAAAAAAUACUGAGGUGGGAAAUCAAUAGAAUUUGGUAAGUUGCAAAUCUUUUUGGAAAUAAAUGAUCAUAUCCUCCACUCCUGUUAUUGGAGAUGCAAAUAGAAAGUGACAUAUGAAAAUAGGCCUUCAGAUCCAGCCAUUACUAACCCCCUAACCCUUAUUUUGGGAAAUGUGAGCCUAGCUCAGAAGAACAUAAAGCACCUUGAAAAAAGAGACUUCACAGCUUCCUGACAAAGUGUGCUCUGCUGUCCUGUUGGAACACAUCCUAUUUAUUGUGAUGUCCUGGUUUUAUUAUCUUUAAACUCUGUUCCACACACUUGUAUAAAUACAUGGAUAUUUGUAUGUACAGAAGUAUAUCCUUUUUAACCGAUUCACUUAUUGUACUCUUUGGCAAUUGAAAAGGAAAUCAGUAAAAUACUGUGCUUGUAAAAUGCUUAAUAUUGUGCCUAGGUGAUGUGGUGACUAUUUGAGUUAAAAAUGUAUUGAAUCACCAAAUAAAAGAAUGCGGCUAUUUUGGGGAGAAACUGA